UGCGGCGCUGUAGGGCGGCGGCGCCCCUCGACCUUCCGCGUCCCCGGGCUCCCCGGGCGGCGGUGAGGGCGGCGACGGCGGCGCGGACGGGCAGGCGAAGCUGAGCUGGCUGCUCCAGGAUGCACCACAGCUCUGAGAAGGGGAAGUAGAAGUCCUGCUGGCUCUGCUAUGACGUGUGAACCGCAGAUGGACCCCGGCGGGGCGGCCGGCCCCUUGCCCACCUCCUCCCCUGGGUGGAGCGCCCUGCCUGGCGGGAGCCCUCCUGGCUGGGGGCAAGAGCUCCACAAUGGCCAGGUUCUCACAGUUCUCCGGAUUGACAAUACCUGUGCACCCAUCUCCUUCGAUCUGGGAGCCGCCGAAGAACAACUGCAGACCUGGGGCAUUCAGGUCCCGGCUGAGCAGUACAGGAGCCUGGCUGAGAGUGCCCUCUUGGAGCCCCAAGUGAGAAGAUACAUCAUCUACAACUCGAGGCCUAUGCGGCUGGCCUUCGCUGUGGUGUUCUAUGUGGUGGUGUGGGCCAACAUCUACUCCACCAGCCAGAUGUUCGCCCUGGGGAACCACUGGGUGGGUGUGCUGCUCGUGACCCUGGCUGCCAUGAGCCUGACCCUGACUCUUGUGCUCAUUUUCGAGAGACACCAGAGGAAGCUCCUGGAGGCCACCUGCGUUCCUUGGCUCAUGGCCCCUUCCUCCAUCUUCAAAGCCAGCAGUGGCCAAUGCCAACACAGACCUAAGGCUGGCGGCUGCCAACGGAGCCCUCCUGAGACACCGGGUGCUGUUGGGGGUGACAGACACGGUGGAAGGCUGCCAGAGUGUGAUUCAGCCACUUGUCUACCAGCCAUCCAAAGGAGACCCCGUCGUGCGGGGGGACUCUGGGAGAGAGCAGAAUGGCAUGCUCACGCCGGAGACCGGGAUGAAUCUGGUCAUCCCCAGAAGGGCAAGCCUCCAGCGAGGAGGCAGGAGCUCUGGUUUGUCUACUUCGACCUGGAGGCCUGUGUGCAGUUUUUGUCCGACCAUGUUCGAGAAAUGAAGAUGAGCCAAGAGUCCUUGCUGAGAAGCAGAUUGAGCCAGCUGUGUGUUGUCAUGGAGACUGGGGUGAGCCCCACGGUGGCCGAGGGGCCGGAGAACCUGCUGGAGGAAGCUCCUCUCCUGCCCAGCAGUCCUCGUCCCACGGAGAGGCCACUCAUGCAGACCGAGCUUUGCCAGCUUAUUCCUGAGGCUGAGCCAGAGGAAAUGGCCCAGCAGCUGCUGGCAGUGUUUGGUGGCUACUACAUCCGGCUCCUGGUGACCUCUCAGCUCCCCCAGGCAUUGGGCACACGACACACAGACUCUCCAAGGAUUCCAUGCCCCUGCCAGCUCAUAGAAGCCCACAUCCUGGGCACAGGGUGCUGCCCAUUCCUGACCAGGUGACCUAGGGACGAAGGUACUCAUCUUCUUCCAAGGCUGAAGGUGAGAAGUCAGGGAGGCCUCAGGAGCCCAUGGUUGCCGACGGUGAGCCCUAGGCGAGGGGAGCAGCAUCUGGGGGCACUCUGAGGCUGUCCGUCAUGUCAGCACUGGGAAUACUGUUCUCACUCCAGGACCCUGCGCAAGAAUGGCUUGUCGACGUCCCACUCUGACCCCUGGCCUUUGCAGAAGCCGAUGGUCCCACUCUGAGGUGCUUUCUGUGCUGCUGAGAACUGUGGGCGUGGAUGAAAGGGCCACCCGCACAUCCCUUUCAUUGUCUGGAGAGCCCAGGAAAUGUGAAGAUGACCAGACCGGGCUGAACGUGUGUCCAAAGCUUGGUCUCAGGUGAUGCUCCUGUCCCCACCCCCUUCUUGUCAGAUGGAGACUCAGGACAUUGCUCUUUGUGGCAUUGCCUUGGGCCCCUUAGAUGAUAAGAAGCCUCUUCCCAAUCUGAAGUGAAGAAGUAAAUUCUCAGAAUGUUCUCCGUUUUUAAGUUGUUUUUUCCCUACAUUUUCUGAAAAACGAUGGCACUUGGGCUUGUAUGCUAGCACACAGGCCUUCAGGAGUAGGAAGCAAACAGCCUGUAACUGCUAAUGGGAAUAUUUGGAAGAGACUGAUCCUGUCUGAUUGGAGGGCGUAUUUUGUUCAACGGCAUGCUUGCUCGUGGGUAUGGUUUCCUACUGCAGACGGAGAAUGGCAGUUUGUUCCUUAACACUAACACUCCUGGAGUGAAGCGUAAUCUGUCACUUGUGGAAUUCCAUGAAGAGCUCAGAGGCUGCCAGGUGCUCUGCUUCUGAACAAGUUUGAAGACCCGUUGUUCCCUAGGCCCAAAUCCAAAAGCCCUAGCCUGGCAUUUAAAGGCUCCCCAGCACCUAAGACCUGGCCUUCAUCUGCAAUUUUGGCUUCAUCGCCCAUAAAAAUCCUUCAUAGGUUGAAACUCUUUUCCUGGACUGACAUACCUGUUCCUUUGUAUCUGCUGGAUUCCUAUGCAUGCUUUUGUAAAAAAAAAUUUUUUUAAUUGAGGUAUAUACAAGGUUCAGGUGUACAACAUAGUGAUUCACCAUUUUUAAAUGUUAUACUCCACUUAUAGUUAUUAUAAAGUAUUGACUGUAUUCCCUGUGUUGUACAAUAUAUCUUUGUAGCUUAUUUAUUUUAUACAUGGUAAUUUGUACCUCUUAUCCCCUCUCCCUAUCUUGCCCCUCCCCCUCCUAUGCAUGCUUUAAAGCUCAGCUUUCCUUACCCCUCCUUCAGGAAGCCUUUCAACAUAGCCAGACCUGCCACUCUCUGCCUCCUUUAUUUUUUAUUUUUAUUUUUAAAAAAUUACCUCUUAAUCCAGUAAUCCAAAUCAUCUCACUAUUUUUUUUUUUUUUUUCCCCCGUGCCACGUGGCUUGCGGGAUCGUAGUUCCCCAACCUUGGAUUGAACCCAGGCCACCGCAGUGAAAACACCGAGUCCUAACCACUGGACCGCCAGGGAAUUCCUGACUCUGCGGCCUUUAAAUUCUUGAUGUAGUUGCUGCCUUUACUGAUGUUUUAUGUUAUUGAUUCUGUUUUCCUGUGCAUAUACCUAUUCUUCUAGCUAGACUAUAAGCUCCUCAAGGACAAAGACUGCACCUUGUACUUUUUGUGCGUGACCUGGACUUGCUAAGGAAAAAAAUUCUGUGGACUGAGUGCUUUGUCAUCUCUAUAGUAGCUUUUGCAAAUUGCUGUCUGUACUCAGUUGAAUGAUGAAGUUGUCACAGACUGGGGUUCUGGUCCUCAACUGCCAUUUUUAGUUCUGUAACUUUAGGCUGGUCCUCAGUUUACACAUCUGUAUAAUGGGUAGAUUGGAUGAUUCUUAAUGGCCCUUUCAAAGCCAAAGAUCUGGGAAUUUCCAUCUUUUUCUGUUCCAUUUUAACCCUUGGCCUUUCUCUCUGUUAUGCCUUUAUCUACAUGCAGAAAGGUUCUAUAGACCCACACAAGUGAGGUGUCCCAGACCUGAUACCCCUCUGGAUGGAACACUGGCCUAGCCAGCAGGAGAGCUGUAUUCUCAUUUCAGAUCUGCUACUUCUUAGCAGUAUGACCUUGGUUAGGUUAACCUCUCUGAACGUCAGUUCACUCUAUAAAUGAAUCUGGUGAAGAUGAAAUGUAAUUAUGUGGGUGACUUACCAUGUAAGAGAUGAAUCUGACUGUUCACUUACUCUGGGCCAGAGAAGAGAAAGCAUGUACAUAGACCAGCCUUGGAAAUGGCUCUUUUAGGCAUUUCUCUUCAGCCAACAAAUGCUGCGGCCCGCUUUGCUCAAUGAGAAUUAUUCAUGAAGGCGAUCAUUGUCUUUCUCACCUGCCACAGCGGAAGUGUGGGCUGUGAAUGUGAUCAAUAGAAGCCCAUAUUUAUCAUUCCAACCAUAAAGCCCUGGUAAAUAUAAUAACAGAGAAUAAAAAUGUGUGUGUGUUGACAAAA